AAGGAAGAAGAAGAAGAAGAAGAACCGUAGGAAGUGUUGACAAAUAAUACAGUUUGACGUUUCACGUCAACGGACAGUGAAUGCAAAUAUUGUUUGCAAUCAAUGCUACUGUAAUCGUUGUACUUUAGCAUAAUUUGUCAGACUUCCAGAGUCAUCUUUUAAUUUAACAUCAUUAUUUAAUCGUACAAAUUGUUCAAUUAUGUGAUGUCGUUUAAGUGAAUAUAGCAGUAGCUGUCAUCCAAGUAGGACUAACGUUAGCUAGUUAUCUAACGUUAUCUCCCAGAGACAACGUUAGCUAGUUAUCUAACUUUAUCUCCCAGAGACAUGGCGACUUAAUAAAUGACCCACCACACGUCUAGACACCUUCAAAUUUGGUGACAGUACAACGUAAAAUCAGCGAUGUCUCAAUUUAUGGAUUCCGGAGAGAAUACGCCAUUGCUCAAAGAUGAUUCUGGCAGUGAUGACUCCCAAAAUGAUGAAUACAAGAGUAGAUGGCGGUCAAUUCGUGUAAUGUACUUCACAAUGUUUCUAAGCAGCGUUGGUUUCACUAUUGUCAUCACGUCAGUAUGGCCGUAUCUGCAAAAGAUUGAUGACAGUGCCAGCGCUAGCUUCCUGGGCUGGGUGGUGGCAUCCUACAGCUUGGGCCAGAUGCUGGCGUCCCCCCUCUUUGGGCUCUGGUCCAAUCACAGACCCAGGAGAGAACCGCUGGCCUGCUCUAUUUUCAUCAACGUCACAGCCAACAUCUACUACUCCUACAUCUACCUACCCACAUCACAGAACAAAUACCACAUGCUCAUGUCUCGAGCUUUAGUAGGUUUUGGAGCAGGGAACGUAGCUGUUGUGAGGUCCUAUGUUGCUGGAGCCACCUCACUGAAGGAGAGGAACAGUGCUAUGGCUAACACAAGUGCCUGUCAGGCUCUGGGGUUCAUUCUGGGUCCAGCUCUCCAGGCCGGUUUGUCAUUUAUUGGUGAACAGGGUGUUAGCGUGAAGGUAAUUGACCUACAGUUGAAUAUGUACACCGCCCCAGCUCUACUGGCUGCAUUAUUUGGCGUCAUCAAUAUCCUGCUCGUCGUAUUAGUACUAAGGGAACACCAAGUUGACGACUAUGGAAGACAUAUCAGAGCCAUCAAUUAUGUGUCUGAAGAACGAAUGGAUGUCAGUCAGGAAACAGAAGGGGAUAUUGAUCAAGUUGCUGUCUUGACCUCCAAUGUUCUAUUUUUCAUCAUCAUGUUCAUGUUUGCAGUCUUUGAGACCAUAGCCACACCCCUAUCUAUGGACAUGUUCUCUUGGACUAGGAAGGAUGCGGUGCUGUACAACGGUAUCAUACUGUCCUGCGUCGGCUUUGAGUCCAUCCUGGUGUUUCUACUUGUGAAGGUUCUCUCUCAAAGGAUUGGUGAUCGUCCUGUGCUCCUUGGAGGCUUGGCCAUCAUAUUCUGUGGCUUCUUUGUCCUGCUCCCAUGGGGGAACCAUUACCCUGAGAUCCAGUGGGCAGACCUCAAGAAUAACACUGUCAUCCACGAGACGUUUGCCCCAACCCCGGUCUCCAACAGCUCCUUCGAGCCGACAGGCUGCCCUGCUGAACAGACAUGGUGCCAGUAUACCCCCGCCAUUCACCUGGCACAGUUCCUUACCGCCGACGUCCUCAUUGGAGCGGGCUACCCGGCCUGCAACGUGAUAUCCUACACGCUCUACUCCAAAAUCCUAGGGUCCAAGCCUCAGGCACAUUCUUCUCCUCUCAACUGAAACUUUUCCCUGGGUCCUUAGUGUACAAGCGAAAGUAGUGCACUGUGUUUUUUUGUCAAUAAAGCUGAUAGAAAAUAAUGUUUAAUAAACAAUAACUAAAGUUGAUGUUUUAAGUCCAUAUCAAUGCUUAAAUCACAUCAUGAGACAGUUUUGUUCAGGUGAGAAAGAAAAAAAUGAAAAAAAGUAUUAUUUCGAAUUCCCCUUUAAUUGCCCAUCUGGCCCUUUUUAAUGGCGCCUCUAGCAAUUUAAUUGAGAUGGUUUUGGGGAAAGGUUCUGUGUCAACCCACAAGACAUCAACUGGCUACAUACAGAGUGAUAAAUGAAUGCACACACACCACACACACAUGAGCAAUAUCUCUGGAAAUGUAUUGGCAGAUAUUGUGUUAGGUUUUGGCUUUUUAAACCAAUAGUGGCUAACCAGGGAUGGGAUAAUGUCAAUGUUGCAUUGAUUUAGAUAGUAACUGGGAGCUCGCGUUGUCCUGAUACUUUCAGAAUUGUUUGGCGAGCUAAUCAUAGGUGGGCUGUGAGCUACAGGUAGUUCGCAAUUGAAAGCAUCUAGGGCUUAUGUUAAAAGGUAGACUCAGCGAGAGGCUCUACUUUACUGCUGUUUUUGGUCCUGUGGCUUCCAUGCUGUACACAGCGUGAAGCUAACCCGUGCAGAUACUGUGGGAGAGCGAAUUGUUGCAUCUCGCUCAUCUCAAUGUCCUCUCAGGUGCUGCUCGUGGUGGCAAUGUCAGUCUAGCUUUAACUCUGUGUUCAAUGAAAGUGAUAGAUCUUUCAAACAUUGUAUGCAACAUGGUAUACAACUAUAGAAAACGGGGGACUCUUGCAGGAGGGUUUUUGACUGGUUCAGAGUUCAAUGUGCCACCAUUUCGUGUUAUAAGAAUCCAGAUGAUUAGAGGACAAUCCAAAUAGAGGGGGUUUACUGCACAUGGGGAAAGGCUGCAGGAUAAUGUUGUGUGCUUUGUCAGUCGCGCACAACAUGGAAAGGAAAACAUAAAAGUUGGCCACCCCAUGCAUUCACCAACAGGAAUAAGGAAGACUGGAGGGGGAAACUGCUGCGUAAAUAGUCAAGGUGCUAAUGAGCAGAGUGGAGACAGGGAAGUUGCAAGGGAGGGGCGUGGCCAGUGUAGAGGAAAAACCUGGUUUCUACCAUGAGCCUUUGCAACAGCAACAUUAUCGGCAAAUGACUUGAUGCCUACCGUGUACUGCCAAAGCGAUUUAUUUGUUCAACAGGAGUGAUGAGUGUGUUGAUAUAACAGUAAUAUUGUCAACAUUUAUUUUUUAACAAAUAUCAGAAUUGGUUAAAAAAAGGUUAUGCAUGCCAACAUAUUAGGCAAUAAUUAAGAGUAGACAAGGUGAUCGUGUCAGCUGGGAGUUUUUUUUGUCUUAAAAACAGGUUUUAACAGGAUUCUUAGGACCUUUUUAUGGAUACGGGCUCUGGCUUCAAAUGCAUGGGAGUGUUUAAAUAUUUGUAUUUGAAAAUACACUUGUAUUUGAGUAUUUACAAAUAAACGUCCAAAUAUUCAAUAUAUAUCCUAAUACUUACUGUAUGUAAAUGUAUUGAAUAUUUGAACCCAGGUCUGGUUUAGACUUCUCAGAAAUCUUCGUCAGGUCAACCACAGGUCUCUCAUUCCUUCAUAUUAUUUCAACCCAGCACCGGUAUUCUCAAAAUGUGCAUAUCUACCAUGAGCCUUUGCAACAGCAACAUUAUCGGCAAAUGACUUGAUGCCUACUGUGUACUGCCAAAGCUAUUUAUUUUUCUACUAUGCCAGGUGUAACGUAAAAAAAAUAAAAAACUCAGCUGACUAGACUGGUACAGCGUGUGUAACAGACUAGACUCGUACAGUGUGUGUAAAAGACUAGACUGGUACAGUGUGUGUAAAAGACUAGACUGGUACAGCGUGUGUAACAGACUGGACUGGUACAGUGUGUGUAACAGACUAGACUGGUACAGUGUGUGUAACAGACUAGACUGGUACAGUGUGUGUAACAGACUAGACUGGUACAGUGUGUGUAAAAGACUAGACUGGUACAGUGUGUGUAAAAGACUAGACUGGUACAGUGUGUGUAAAAGACUAGACUGGUAUAGCGUGUGUAAAAGACUAGACUGGUAUAGCGUGUGUAAAAGACUAGACUGGUACAGUGUGUGUAACAGACUAGACUGGUACAGUGUGUGUAAAAGACUAGACUGGUACAGUGUGUGUAAAAGACUAGACUGGUACAGCGUGUGUAAAAGACUAGACUGGUAUAGCGUGUGUAAAAGACUAGACUGGUACAGUGUGUGUAAAAGACUAGACUGGUACAGCGUGUGUAACAGAUUAGACUGGUACAGCGUGUGUAACAGAUUAGACUGGUACAGCGUGUGUAAAAGACUAGACUGGUACAGCGUGUGUAACAGACUAGACUGGUACAGCGUGUGUAAAAGACUAGACUGGUACAGCGUGUGUAACAGACUAGACUGGUACAGCGUGUGUAAAAGACUAGACUGGUACAGCGUGUGUAACAGACUAGACUGGUACAGCGUGUGUAAAAGACUAGACUGGUACAGCGUGUGUAACAGACUAGACUGGUACAGCGUGUGUAACAGACUAGACUGGUACAGCGUGUGUAAAAGACUAGACUGGUACAGCGUGUGUAAAAGACUAGACUGGUACAGCGUGUGUAAAAGACUAGACUGGUACAGCGUGUGUAAAAGACUAGACUGGUACAGCGUGUGUAAAAGACUAGACUGGUACAGCGUGUGUAACAGACUAGACUGGUACAGCGUGUGUAACAGACUAGACUGGUAGAGUGUGUGUAAAAGACUAGACUGGUACAGUGUGUGUAACAGACUAGACUGGUACAGUGUGUGUAACAGACUAGACUGGUACAGUGUGUGUAACAGACUAGACUGGUACAGUGUGUGUAAAAGACUAGACUGGUACAGCGUGUGUAAAAGACUAGACUGGUACAGCGUGUGUAACAGACUAGACUGGUACAGCGUGUGUAACAGACUAGACUGGUACAGCGUGUGUAACAGACUAGACUGGUACAGCGUGUGUAACAGACUAGAAUGGUACAGCGUGUGUAACAGACUAGACUGGUACAGUGUGUGUAACAGACUAGACUGGUACAGUGUGUGUAAAAGACUAGACUGGUACAGUGUGUGUAAAAGACUAGACUGGUACAGUGUGUGUAAAAGACUAGACUGGUACAGCGUGUGUAACAGACUAGACUGGUACAGCGUGUGUAAAAGACUAGACUGGUACAGCGUGUGUAAAAGACUAGACUGGUACAGCGUGUGUAACAGACUAGACUGGUACAGCGUGUGUAACAGACUAGACUGGUACAGCGUGUGUAACAGACUAGACUGGUACAGCGUGUGUAACAGACUAGACUGGUACAGCGUGUGUAACAGACUAGACUGGUACAGCGUGUGUAACAGACUAGACUGGUACAGCGUGUGUAACAGACUAGACUGGUACAGCGUGUGUAACAGACUAGACUGGUACAGCGUGUGUAACAGACUAGACUGGUACAGCGUGUGUAACAGACUAGACUGGUACAGCGUGUGUAACAGACUAGACUGGUACAGCGUGUGUAACAGACUAGACUGGUACAGCGUGUGUAACAGACUAGACUGGUACAGCGUGUGUAAAAGACUAGACUGGUACAGCGUGUGUAAAAGACUAGACUGGUACAGCGUGUGUAACAGACUAGACUGGUACAGCGUGUAAAAGACUAGACUGGUACAGCGUGUAAAAGACUAGACUGGUACAGCGUGUAAAAGACUAGACUGGUACAGCGUGUGUAAAAGACUAGACUGGUACAGCGUGUGUAAAAGACUAGACUGGUACAGUGUGUAAAAGACUAGACUGGUACAGUGUGUAAAAGUGCACAAAAUGGAAUAAACAGCAUGUGGGUCUUUUUCCCCCCUGUC